AUGUCCUCGUACGGCGCUGCUGGUGCGUGGGACGGCGGGCCUCCGGGCGCUGAGGCGGAGUACGCCACGCAGCGUGCGCCGCCGCUUGCCGCGCCCAUGCCCACCACGGACCCCUGGACUGGCGUCAGCUACAGCAGCUACGGCCAGCCCCACUACGAUUACCAGCAUUACGGUGCCUCGGGUUACGGUUAUAAUUACGAUUCCGGUUAUUAUCCUAGAUCUGAUGGUUAUUAUAAAUACCCAGAUUCAAGCAAUGCAUAUCAAGCACCGCAAACCAGCUACGAUUAUACAAGAUCUCGAGAACGCACUCGGUCACCCGUUGAAUCUACGGGCGGUGACCGCAGGCAAAGGUCUUACAGAUCUAAUUCGAGGAGUGUUUCACCUUACAAAAGGAAAGAAAGAUCAUAUUCAAGAAAGCGAGACAGUAGUUAUGAGGAAGGAAGUAGAAGGCGAAGCUCACGAAGCAGAUCGAAAUCCAAACGUACUAAAUAUUCCUCAAGUGAUCAUUCGAGUUCCAGAUCUAGGUCAUACUCUAGGUCCCCAUCAAAGAAAAAAACUAAAAAGAGACAAACUUCUUCAUCAGAUUCUGAGAAAUCUUAUAGGAAAAAAUCAAGCAGGGAGAGAGAACAUUCCUUGACACCACCAUUAAAAAAAUCUAAGUCUCGCAAUCGUUCAAGAACACCUGAUCCUAAGCGGAAUACUAGAAGCAAGUCAUCAAGCAUUGAAAAAGAAAAUUUAAGAAUCAAAGAAAAAUCUCAUUCUAAAAAGGAAAAGGGGCAAAGACAAAGAAAAGAAGUAUCAGCAACUCCACCUAGAACCCACAAAAAGUCUGAUAAAUCACCAAUACCUAAAAUGAAUAAAAGAUCUGACCCAUCAAAGAGGUAUAAGUCCAAGGAUAAGAGAACAGAAAAUUCACCGAGAAAACCUAGAGAUAGUUCUGUGACACCUCCAAAGUGCUAUACUAGGAAUCGUUCAUCUUCCACCUCCCGAUCACGGUCAUUAACUCCAAAACGUUCAAAACGUAUAGACUCAAAUAGUCCGAUAUCAAACCAUUCCAGAUCUCGUUCUACUUCCACUGUCUCAUCAAGGUCUUCAAAACGUUCUAAAUCUAAACAUCGAACUAGACGUAAAUCUAAACGAAGGUCGCAUUCAAACAGUCAGUCUAAGCAUCGUUCUGAUAGUAAGAGUAGGUCUAAGUCUCGUCGACGAUCUUCAUCCAGAGGAAAAGGGCGUCGCUCUUGCUCCUCCAAAUCAAAAUCACGAUCUAGAUCACGCAGUUCCCGAUCUCGCAGCCAAAGCGGUACACCAAGUGAUGAUGAAAGACGUGGACAGUUUACCGUAGCUGAUAGGAAACGCUUUUGGAAAUUGCAUAGAAGCCAGCAGGAAGAAAAAGAAAGGGCUAAAUCCCCACCAAUAGAGGUGAAGCCACCACCAGGUGCUGUUGAAUCCACCACUGUGGAUGACAUUGAAUACGGAGAUCCACCUGAAGUUGAGGGUCCUAAUUUCGCUGAGCUACUGCCGCCGCCUAAUCAUGUUACGCAACAGACUGCUUCUACGUCAAAGUCCAAACCCAUACCGAUACCAAUAAGGAAUGAUGGGAGCUUUUUAGAAAUGUUUAAGAAGAUGCAAGAGGAGACAAAGAAAACGGAAGCAGUUGAGCAAAAGCCAGUUAUUAAAAAACCUGCCUUACCAUUCAUAGGCAAAAGACGUGGUGGGAGAGUCCUAAAAACUGGUUUGGUGAAAAAGGCUAAGGCCAUUGAUGAGCAAACUGUUGACAAUACUCCGAAGGAUGCAUGGUCACUUUACAUGCAGGAAGUUAAGAAAUAUAGAGAAACUUCUUGUGAAGAGGAACGAAAAACGAGGCCUCUCGUUAAA